AGCUGUGACAGCGGGGCCUCACGGUAAUUACAUCACAUGACGUCAUCACUGCAAUAGUGGCGUCACUGGCGAUCUGUAAUCGGUGGGUGGGGUCAGAGACAGAGUACUAACCUGCUAUCCCAGCAUUCUAACACCCAGCACCCUCAGCUGUGUGCGCUGUGUGCGCUCCGCGUGCCGUCACUGUCUGCGCUGUGCGCUCCGCGUGCCGUCACUGUCUGCGCUGUGCGCUCCGCGUGCCUUCACUGUCUGCGCUGUGCGCUCCGCGUGCCGUCACUGUCUGCGCUGUGCGCUCCGCGUGCCGUCACUGUCUGCGCUGUGCGCUCCGCGUGCCGUCACUGGCUGCGCUGUGUGCGCUCCGCAUGCCGUCACUGUCUGCGCUGUGCGCUCCGCGUGCCGUCACUGUCUGCGCUGUGCGCUCCGCGUGCCGUCGCUGUCUGCGCUGUGUGCGCUCCGCGUGCCGUCACUGGCUGCGCUGUGUGCGCUCCGCAUGCCGUCACUGUCUGCGCUGUGCGCUCCUCGUGCCGUCACUGUCUGCGCUGUGCGCUCCUCGUGCCGUCACUGUCUGCGCUGUGCGCUCCGCGUGCCGUCGCUGUCUGCGCUGUGUGCGCUCCGCGUGCCGUCACUGGCUGCGCUGUGUGCGCUCCGCAUGCCGUCACUGUCUGCGCUGUGCACUCCGCAUGCCGUCAUUGUCUACGCUGUGCGCUCCGCGUGCCGUCACUGUCUGCGCUGUGUGUGCUCCGCGUGCCGUCACUGUCUGGGCUGUGUGCGCUCCGCGUGCUGUCACUGUCUGCGCUGUGCGCUCCGCGUGCCGUCACUGUCUGCGCUGUGUGUGCUCCGCGUGCCGUCACUGUCUGGGCUGUGUGCGCUCCGCGUGCUGUCACUGUCUGCGCUGUGCGCUCCGCGUGCCGUCACUGUCUGCGCUUUGUGUGCUCCGCGUGCCGUCACUGUCUGUGCUGUGUGCGGGCCACGUGCCGUCGCUGUCUGCGCUGUGUGUGCUCCGCGUGCCGUCACUGUCUGCGCUGUGUGUUCCGCGUAUCGUUGCUGUCUGCGCUGUGUGUUCCGCGUAUCGUUGCUGUCUGCGCUGUGUGUUCCACGUAUCGUUGCUGUCUGCGCUGUGUGCUUUACGUAUCGUCACUGUCUGUUCUGUGUGCUCCGCGUAUAUUCACUGUCUGCGCUGUGUACUCAGCGUAUCAUCACUCUCUGCGCUUUGUGCUCCGCGUUUCGUCACUGUCAGUGCGGCGUAUCGUCACUGUCUGCUUGGCGUAUGGUCACCGUCUGCGCUGUGUGUUCCGCGUAUUGUCACUGUCUGCGCUGUGUGCUCCGCGUGCCGUCACUGUCUACGCUGUGCGCUCCGCGUGCCGUCAUUGUCAGCGCUGCAUUUCACCGUCUGUGCUGUGUGUUCCACGUAUCAUCACUGUCUGCGCAGUGUGUUCCGGGUAUUGUCAUUGUCUGCGCUGUGUGUUCUGGGUAUAUUCACUGUCUGCGCUGUGUGCUCCACGUAUCGUCACUGUCUGCGCUGUGUGCUCCAUGUAUCGUCACUGUCAGCGCGGCGUAUCGUCACUGUCUGCGCUGCGUGCUCCGCGUAUCGUCACUGUCUGCGCUGUGUGCUCCGUGUAUCGUCACUGUCUGCGCUGUGUGCUUUGCGUAUCGUCACUGUCUGCUCUGUGUGCUCCGCGUAUCGUCACUGUCAGCACGGCGUAUCGUCACUGUCUGCGCUGUGUGCUUCGCGUAUCGUCACUGUCUGCUCUGUGUGCUCCACAUAUCGCCGCUGUCCGUACUGUGUGCGCGGCAUGUCACUGUCUGUGCUCAGAGUAUCAUCGCUGUGUGCACGUUGGAUCGCCAUUGUCUUCGCUGUGUGCCCUGCGUACUCUCACUGUCUGCCCUGUGUGCUCCACGUAUCCUCACUGUCUGCUUUGUGUGCGUGGCCUAUCGUCACUGCCUGCGCGGCGUGUCAUUACUGUGUGCGCGUAGUCGUCACUCUGCCCUGUAUGCGUGGAAUGUUUGAGCCCUGUGUAAUGGUGUUUAUUUGUCAACAUUGAUAUAACCCAAGAUAGUUUGUGAUGACUAGUGGUCAAGGUGUUAAUUUUUGUUGCAUUUUGAAAUAUUUUUAGAUUCCAAAUUCGGUCAUAAUUAUUUUUUAUGUACUGAUUUGGUUCAUUUGUCAUCAUCUGUUUAUUGUUUUGUUGUUAGCUGUCAUAUAUGCAGACAUCUAUGUCCUCUAUCACAGCAAAUAUAAACAUGCUACUAAAGUAUUUAAUGCGUAAUAAAAUAGUGUAUAAAAUAUAAAAACAAAAAUAGUUCAAAAACUUAUCAAAGUUUGUAAUGAAUAGUCCCACGUAAAGGUAAAAAAGGUAAAGGUUUUUACCUUUACGUGGGACUAUUCAUUACAAACUUUGAUAAGUUUUUGAACUAUUUUUGUUUUUAUAUUUUAUACACUAUUUUAUUACGCAUUUUAUAUAUUUUAGUAUAUUUUUAGGCGCAUUCUUACUGUACUGUUUUUUCUGUGUUCUUCCAAUCUUUGGGGAAUUGUAGGGGAUUCCCUUUAUAGGAGUGCAGCCUUCAUAUAUUGUGGCUAUUUAGCGCUGAUUUUUUUCUGUUUUUUCUAAAGUAUUUAAUAUGUGUUUUUCUCUGUUUAGAUCUCUUUUUGGAAAACACAUCACCUAACCUUGGUUUGCCUGAGCUUUCUAUGGAAAAUUUCAUUCUUGACCAAACUGAACGUGUUCAGAAUUCCCUUGAAGGACACCACAGUCCACUUAGUUCACCAGAACUUGUGAUGGAAGAAAUAACUCUUGCCCAAAGUGAUGAGAUCAUCAUUAAUACGGAAAGCAUAAGCCUGGAGAAUUCGGCGGUCUUAAAUGAUGACUCAAACUCAUGUGAAGAAGAAAGUCUCCCAGAAUCCUCUGCUGGUACACACCAAGAAUAUACCGAGCCAGUAUAUUCAACAGUGGUUGCAGGAGAAGAUGAUACAGAAGAUGAUGCAGCCCCUGGUACUUAUAGCAAUACACGAAUGACAAAUUUUAGCUCUGAUGAGAGUGAUGAAAUCGUUAGUAAUGACUUAAUGGAAACGCAAAGAGCACAAUUAUUAGAGAGUACAUAUGAUUACAGCAAUAACCUGGAAGAUUUUUCUUUUGUAUCGGACAGUGUCAAUUGUCAAACAAGUCAUCAGAAAGGUCCAAAAGGUGAUAAAAGCUUCAUUUGCUCUGAAUGUGGAAUGUUUUUUGACAGAUAUUCAAAUCUGGUUAGACACCAGCGUGUACACACCGGGGAGCGUCCUUAUGUCUGUACAGAAUGUAACAAGUCUUACACGCAGAGUGCACACCUUACUCGACAUCAGAAGAGCCACACAGCUGUGAAAACCUACCCGUGCCGGGAUUGUGGCUAUCGCUUUGCUCACAAGGCUCAGCUUGUGAUACAUAGAAAAGCCCAUAGAGGAAGAACGCAGUUUGCGUGCGCGGUCUGCGGAAAAUGUUUCAUUAAAUAUUCCAACCUUCUUGUGCACCAGAAAGUUCACCUGGAGCCAAAACCAGAACCAAAGUUUUUUGAAUGUUCCUUAUGUGAUGAAAAGUUUAUUCACAAGUCGGACCUUGCAAAACACGAGAGAGUUCACACAGGGGAAAAGUUCUUGUGCUUUGAAUGCGGAAUACGUUUUUCUUGUAGCUCAAGUCUUCAUAGGCAUCAGAAGAUUCACACUGAAGAAGCAACAACAGAUUAACGAGACAUUUCCAUUAAGAACUGUGAUACCAAACAAGGCUGGAUUUAUAUCCAAGUAAGAUAGGGAUUUCUACACUUAGUCGGGACAUGCAGCACAAAAGCCAGGAGGCAUGGAUCCUAAAUGUUUUACCAAUUGCUAUAAAACAUUUGUGGUAUUUUCAUAAAAUCCAGUGAAUUUACCUGUUUCCGUGUUGAUAGGGCUUUCAGAUUCUUAAGCUUUUGAAAGGAUGAACUCUUAUUAGAACUUAUGGCCUUAAUUUAAUAUUUUUGGGAUAAGCUUUUCAAAUAAAAAAAAUUUCAAAAUAUUAAUCAUAUAAAAGUAUAUUAAAAUAUUUUUCAGAAUAUUAAAUCAUUUUGGGAAGCUUAAAAAUCCAAAAAAUUUUAAAUCAAAGCCUAUAUUGGAGAAAAAUGGUUGGCAGUCUCCUGCGGAAUCUGAAAUCGGAUAAAGAAUUCGAAUCCCUUGUGCUAAUGUUAGAGAGAGUUGCUAAUACUAUACAUUGCUCCCGUGGCAGAAUAAAAUGUAUUGAGACGUUAUUACUGAGAGUCCGGUAACCAACGAUAUGAAGUGAGAAUCGUUGUCGUGGACGCUGACAGUCAAACUUCUGUAUCGCUGUCCUGUAUAAAUAUUUAUCUGUAAAUGAAUUGAGAUUUGUUAUUAAUUUAGUUUAAAAGAGAUGGUCCGUGUACAGAUCAUGUUUCAUGUCAUCACCAAUCUAAACAAUAUGAGAGAAUAUAUGGCGUUUCUUUUGUGUUGUCUGUGUUUUAUAGUUGCUGACCUACUCCACAAGGGGGAUCCCCAGCAGAACACACCAUAUACAUUACUGUAUAACCUAUUGCUUGCUUUGUACUAGGAGAGCAAUGGAAGAUGUUACUGUAAAGGCACAGUGUUAUUAGAGCCUGUGCAUGGAUCUUAGAGCCUACUGAAGUAAACUGCUCUCCUGGGUAAUUCUCUUUUCAGUAUUGCGUUACAGUUGAAGUCCAAUAAAACCUACAUGUUGGUGUCUUCUCAUCCUGAUAGAUCACUGUAUUAAUGGAUUUUCCUAUAUGGUCUGUUGUGAUUUGAAAAGCAGUGGGAAUAUGCAUUAUUACCCCAGAGAUCCUUGGCAAUCAGUCACCAUGUGGAGCACAGCUUUGGCUGAUAUUAAAGUGGAGCUGUUGAUUUUAGGUCUUUGUAGUUUCUACCCCUCACCAAUGGCAAGAGAGUGAGUUAAACAUUAGAAAUGUCGAGCUCGAGCUGUAUAUUAUUCAGCAUU